AGCACUGGUGGAUGCGUGCGCACUCACAGCUUUCUGUUUCGGUAGAUGUCAAAGCACUCGCAUGCACCGAUACGAGGCUUAACUUGGACCCUGCUGCUCCCGCGUUGGUCGUGUUUCCUGUGGGCGUUGCUGCGCUGCCACCGGCGGCGUUGCACAACUUCUGGAAGUAUGUGGAUUUGUUGUGAGAGCUGACGAGGAAUGCGCGCAUUUGUUGGGUUUUGUUGGGGUUUUUUUUUUUUCUCCUCUUCGGAUCAGUGUCGUGACUUCGGACCAACUUCGACGUUAUCUUGUGUUUGUUUAAGCGUGCAUCGUCAGUAAACAUGCAGCAUGGUGUGUAGUUGCAGCCCGACCUUUAACAGACUGUUUACCUGCGUUGAGUCGGAGAGAGGUUGCACGUCGUGCCUGUGCAGAGGCUCCAUGGGAAACCGCCGCGCGUAACGCUGGCUCUCCAUGGAGGACUGGUGGAGGAACCCGACACUUUAAGAUAGUGAGAGACACUCGAAUCAAAAAUGAGUCAAUACCAGGAUGGGAUAUCCUUGCCGGUGCCUUGCUUCGGAGCUUGUCCCGGCAGAGAGAGCCUCGGCGUGGAGAGCAGCAGCAGCAGCGUUGGAGGAUGCACCCUCGGCAUUCCCGCAGCUGGAACUUUCUGGCAGGACUCGGUGGUGCCUGGCGGAGGAGGGCUGAGUCCGACGACCGUGGGGUGUCCCAUGGACGGCGGAGGGCUGCUCUCCACCGGGAAGUCGACCAAGAACAGGCCGGUGACGGUGGCCUAUGUGGUGAACGGAGAGGCGAGCCAGCAGAGCAACGCGGAGAGCAUGGCGCUGCAGUGUUUAAAGGACGCCUGUGACACGGCGGGGAGCAAGCUGGAGACCGUCAACUUCGGGAAGCUGGACUUUGGGGAGACUGCGGUGCUGGACCGCUUCUACAAUGCAGACAUCGCUGUUGUGGAGAUGACAGAUGCUUUUCGCCAGCCUUCGCUCUUUUAUCACCUGGGAGUGAGAGAGAGCUUCAGCAUGGCCAACAACAUCAUCCUGUACUGCGACACAAACUCCGACUCCCUCCAGUCCCUGCAGGAGAUAAUUUGCCAGAAGAACACUACAUGCUCAGCAAACUACAGCUUCAUCCCAUACAUGGUGACGCCCCACAACAAGGUGUACUGCUGUGAGAGCAGCCUGAUGAAGGGCCUGACCGAGCUGAUGCAGCCCAGCUUCGAGAUGCUGCUGGGACCGAUCUGCAUGCCCCUGCUCGACCGCUUCGUCCAGCUGCUCAAAGUGUCGCAGGCGAACUCCCACCAGUAUUUCCGUGAGACGAUCCUGAAUGAGAUCCGUAAGGCCCGGGAGUUGUACACGGGCAUGGAGCUGGCUGCAGAGCUGAGCCGCAUCCAGCAGCGGCUCGACAACGUGGAGUGCCUUUCAGUCGACAUCGUCAUCAACCUGCUGCUGACGUACAGGGACAUCCAGGAUUACGAGUCCAUCGUGAAGCUGGUGGAGACUCUGGAGAAGCUCCCCACCUUUGACCCCGUGGCGCAUCCACACGUGAAGUUCCACUAUGCCUUUGCGCUGAACCGGAGGAACCUGCCGGGCGACAGGCAGAAGGCUCUGGACAUCAUGCUGCCCCUGGUGGAGGGAGAGGAGCAGGUGGCCUCGGACAUCUACUGCCUGGUGGGACGGAUCUAUAAGGACAUGUUCCUGGAGUCUCACUUCACCGACACGUCGAGCAGAGACAGCGGCACACAGUGGUUUAAAAAGGGGUUUGAGUCAGAGCCGACGCUACACUCUGGCAUCAACUACGCUGUUCUGCUCCUGGCGGCCGGACACCAAUUUGACUCGUCCUUCGAGCUCCGCAAAGUGGGGGUGAAGCUGAGCAGCCUGCUGGGGAAGAAAGGCAGCCUGGACAAGCUGCAGAGCUACUGGGAUGUGGGCUUCUUCCUGGGCGCCAGCAUCCUGGCCUGCGACAACACCCGGGUCAUCCAGGCCUCCGAGAAACUCUUCAAACUCAAGGCCCCCAUCUGGUAUCUUCGCUCGCUGGUGGAGACCAUCUUAAUCUACAAACAGUUCAAGAAACCUGGCGUGGAGCAGCCGGCGCCCAAACAGGAGCUGGUGGACUUCUGGAUGGACUUUCUGGUGGAGGCCACAAAAAAAGACGUCUCCUCUGUCCGAUUUCCUGUGUUGAUAUUAGAACCAACCAAAGUGUACCAGCCGUCAUAUUUGUCCAUAAACAAAGACGUGGAUGACAACACCGUGUCAAUCUGGCAUGUUGCUCCUGAUGACAAGCACAAGGGGAUCCAUGAGUGGAACUUCAGCGCCACGUCAGUGCGAGGUGUCAGCAUCUCCAAGUUUGACGAGCGGAGUGCCUUCCUCUACGUCCUUCACAAUGCCGAGGACUUCCAGAUUUAUUUCUGCACGGAGAUGCACUGUAAAAGGUUUUGUGAUCUGGUCAACAGCAUAGCAGAGGAGGCUUGGAAAGGUCCAGAGGAGGGGGACUGUGACAACGACGCCUUGGAGUACGACUACGAGUACGACGAGCAUGGCGAUAGGGUGGUUCUGGGAAAAGGCACAUUUGGAGUGGUGUACGCGGGCCGAGACCUCAGCAACCAGGUCCGACUGGCCAUCAAAGAAAUCCCCGAGAGAGACAGCAGGUAUUCUCAGCCGCUGCACGAGGAGAUCGCUCUUCACAAGCACUUGAAGCACAAAAACAUCGUCCAGUACCUCGGAUCCAUCAGCGAGAACGGAUUCAUUAAGAUCUUCAUGGAGCAGGUCCCUGGAGGGAGUCUGUCUGCACUGCUGAGGUCCAAGUGGGGUCCUCUAAAAAACAACGAGUCCACCAUCGGCUUCUACACCCGACAGAUCCUGGAGGGACUCAAGUACCUGCACGACAACCAGAUCGCUCACAGAGACAUCAAGGGUGAUAACGUUCUCAUCAACACCUACAGCGGUGUCCUGAAGAUUUCAGAUUUCGGCACAUCCAAGAGGUUGGCUGGGAUCAACCCCUGCACUGAGACGUUCACAGGCACAUUACAGUACAUGGCUCCUGAAAUCAUAGACAAGGGUCCUCGUGGAUACGGUAAACCAGCAGACAUCUGGUCUCUGGGCUGCACCAUCAUAGAGAUGGCGACUGGGAAACCGCCUUUCUAUGAACUGGGAGAACCUCAGGCUGCUAUGUUCAAGGUUGGUAUGUUUAAGAUCCACCCAGAGAUCCCUGAGUCCAUGUCUCUGGAGGCCAAAGCCUUCAUCCUGCGCUGCUUCGAGCCCGACCCGGACCGGCGCGCCACCGCCUUCGACCUGCUCACGGACGAGUUCCUCACCGUCACAAGCCGCAAGAAGAAGGGCAAGAAUAGCUUCACAGCUCUGUCGCCAGGAUCAGAGUAUCUGCGGAGUAUCUCUCUGCCCGUGCCGGUGGUGGUGGAGGACACGAGCAGCAGCAGCGAGUACGGCUCCGUCUCCCCUGACAAUGACCUCAACACCAACCCCUUCAUCUUCAAGCCCAGCUCCAAGUGCUACAGCGAGAGGGACGUCAAGGGGCCCCGGUCGCUCUUCCUCAGCAUCCCGGUGGAGAACUUCGAGGACCACAGCGCUCCUCCGUCUCCCGAUGAGAAGGAUUCGGGUUUCUUCAUGCUGCGGAAGGACAGCGAGAGGCGAGCUACCCUUCACCACAUCCUGACCGAGGACCGAGACAAAGUGGUGACCAACCUGAUGGAGGCGCUCACACAGGGCUCUGAGGGGAUGAAGCUGAAGCCUCAGCACAUCUCCACCCUUGUGGUCAGUCUGGCCGACUUUGUUCGCAUGGCGGACAGGAAGAUCAUCGCCAACACGCUGUCUCAACUCAAGCUGGAGCUGGACUUCGACAGCACAGCCAUCAGCCAGCUGCAGGUUGUGCUGUUCGGCUUCCAGGAUGCAGUGAACAAAGUGCUGCGAAACCACAACAUCAAGCCUCACUGGAUGUUUGCUCUGGACAACAUCAUCCGCAAAGCUGUGCAGACGGCCAUCACCAUCCUGGUGCCAGAGCUGAGGCCUCACUUCAGUCUGGCGUCUGAAAGCGACCCAGCAGACCAGGAGGACGUGGACGACGACACCGAGGCCGAGAGAAGCGCCACGCACCAGAGCCGGCCGCCUCCCGUCGCCGCUCACGAUGACACGGUGGCAACGUCCGGAGUCAGCACGCUCAGCUCCACCGUCUCACACGAAUCCCAUAAUGCACAGCGGUCUGUGAGCAUGGAGCUGGGCAGGAUGAAGCUGGAGACCAGCAGGCUGCUGGAGCAGCUCCUGGAGAAGGAGAGAGAGUAUCAGGCCAUCCUGCAACAAGUGCUGGAAGAGAGGGAGCAGGAGAUCAGACUACUGAAGCUGCGAUCUGAGCCCGCAGAUGUCCCUGCAUCGUCAGGUGGUCCAGAGGGAGAGACGAGCCAGCCAGCAGAGAGACAUGAGGACCCGGAUCUGACCAGCUGGCUGAGGCUUUCUGGUGCCGACCAGGACUCCAUAGACAGAAUACUGAACGAGCAGUACACACUGAACAACAUCCUCCACGAUGUAACGAGAGACGAUAUGAAGAGUUUAAGACUGAGAGGUGGGGUCCUGUGUAAACUAUGGAGGGCCAUCACAGACUACAGACAGAAGCCAACCUGAGGCCUUACGCGGUGAUAACCACUCAGAGAAGCCCCGACCUCUGUCCCGUCGACUGCUCAGUAUUCUCCUCGUUACCUCAGUAUUUACAGGAGCCAGACUUUAAGGAGAAGAAACUCUGUGUUCACAGAGCGCCCAGAGCUUAAAUCAGCCCACAUGAAAAAGAAAAAAAAAAACUCUUUGAUUGCUCUUGUCGGAGUAUUUUGAUAUUUUUGGAGUAAAAGAUUUUGGGAGAAUAAAAAGGUCACUUUGAAAACAACUGUUCCUGAGAAGUGCCACUAGUUUUGCUAUAUCCAAUGGACAUUACCGAGCCUUUUUUGUUACAGGUGUGUUACUAAAAAUGACAAUUAGGGUAAACAUUUAUUGAUGAAAUCUUGAAAACAGUCAAAACUUUUUCGCCUGUCCUUACAAGACGUACCGUUUACAGAACUAGAGACUGACCGUUUUCUAUUACCAGCCUGAGAUACAAAAGACUACAUUCACCAUCAUCUGUACUUUUUUUUAUUUUUAAUCAUGAGCGUCUUAUCACUACUUUAUUUAAAUAUUUUUUAAUUUAAUUGUUUUGGUAAUCUAAAGGACAUGCAUGCCCUGUUUGUUUUUUUUAAUCCAUACUGAGACUUAUUUAAAUCAUGUUUUGAAUUUUUCUUUUUUAAUCCUUUUUUUUUUAUUUUGCCAUGUAAAUAUUGUGUUAUACAGACGUGUAUAUGAAAGACAUUUAUGUACUGAAAACAAUGUUAAACAUAAAUACGUUUCCAUGUGAAUUGGACCGAGUCUACAAUGAACACAUUUGAGAAAUGAAUUGUAUGAUAUUGUUUAUGUAAUGUCACAAAUCAGAUCAUAUCAGAUGAGAUCAUAUUGAGUUAGUAAUUAACCAUCUGUUUUUUAUUGUUGUACACUGACAAAAUUGUGCUUGCUGGCUUGUGUAGAUAUGAUCAAUCCGAUGUGUUAUGUUGUGAUACGAAUUUAAAAUGCAAAAAAAAUGCCAUACAGAAGAGCCUUUACCCUUUUUCUUUCUAUCUUUCUUUUUAAACGUGAUGUCAGAAACGGGGAAAACAGUCCUGAGUAGUGUGUCCAUUUAGUUUCAUAUCUGAAAUUAUUCAAGAUUUUUCUUGUGUCAAAUUGUUCAAAUAAAACUUUUCAUCUUGGAA